AUGCUACUUCUCUCUGGUUCAUUGGCAUACUUGUCCGCAAUAACAGGAGCUCACCUUUGUUUGGCACCUAUGAAUGCAAUCCGCACAGUGCGUGGAGUUGCUUUGAAAGGUGUUAUCAGACAUUCGUUUUUUGUUUGUGAAUGCAUUGUUACAGAAGGCGCUACCCGAAAGAAUUGGGCAAUAUUUCAUCAGAAUCUGAUGCUUUGCUCACUCUGCAACAGAAAGUGUUGGAAAUAUCUACACGAAGGUAAAGUCGAGCAAAAUCACUUGUUUAUCUCACAUUAUACUAAAAAAAAUAUUUUGAUAUUACGGAUUUUUCAAAACUCACUAAGUGUUGCCAUCUACUCCUACUUCAAUGCCUGA